AUGGCGUCAACAGACAAUGCUGAUGUUGACUCUGGUUUGAAAUCUUUAAUCUGCAUUGGUCAUGCCUUGGCCUGGUCACCCUGGUCGGCAUGGAGUGAAUGUUCCCGGACCUGUGGAGGUGGCGCUUCCUACUCACUCCGUGAUUGUGAUCGUGAUCGUGAUCGCCACGAAGACUGCGCCGGAAAAUCAAUUCGAUAUCGAACAUGCAGCACACAGGCAUGUUGUUCUGGUUCUGCUGAUUUUAGAGCACAACAGUGUUCAGCUUUUAAUGAUGUACAAUUUGGUGAUGUAUCAUUUGAGUGGAUUCCAAAGAUCGGUAAAAUGCGCCAGCCAUGUGCUUUGAUUUGCCAAGCAGUAGGAUAUGACAACAUUGUUGAGGAACUUGCACCAAAAGUACUAGACGGUACUCCAUGUUAUCGUAAUGGCAGGGAUAUGUGUAUAAACGGUGAAUGCUUGCCGGUUGGUUGUGAUUAUGAAUUGAAUUCCACUGCUGUUGAAGAUGAAUGUGGAGUCUGCAACGGUGAUGGUUCAACGUGUAAACAAAUAAAGGGAACAAAGAAACUUUCAGCGGUCAUUGCCAGAGGCAUUGAGGAAUUGAUGAUUUUACCGGUUGGUAGUCGCAACAUCAAGUUCACCCAUAGAGGGCGAGCUCACAUGGGUGUAAGGGGCCAGAAAACCAGGAAAGGACUGAAUCAGAACAUGCGCUAUUUAACAAAGGCAGGAAAGUACGAAAUUGAAGAAAAUUCUGUGGAUUUUUUCCUCACUCGCAGUGGAAAAGAAAUCAUCAGCUUAACAGGACCAACCAAAGCUAACCUAAGUAUGACAGUACUAUACACUGAAGCCAGCAGCAAGCAUGAGAAGGUGCACUACCAGUAUCAUGUGCCCAGGCUGUUUCUGUGGCAGGAUUUAGGAUGGACACAAUGCUCGCAUACUUGUGGAGGAGGAGAACAGGUAGCCAAAGUCAAGUGUGUGGAUGUGAGAACUGGUGAAGAGGUUGAUGAAAGUGAAUGCCAGCCGAAUCACAAACCAUUACUUCAGCAGAGGGGUUGCAAUCAACAACAUUGUCCACCCAGUUGGGUAUCUGAUCCAUGGAAUCCAUGUACCAAAUCUUGCGGUGGUGGUAUGCAGUUUAGAAACGUGCUGUGUGUUGAGAUGACUCCAUCUGGUCUUCUGGUUCGAGUAGAAGAUACCAUGUGCUCUGGUGCUAGGCCUGCGCUACAGAGAGUUUGUAAUAUGGAACCAUGCCCUAUGUGGUAUACAGAACCAUGGUCGCAGUGUUCUGCAACCUGUGGCCGUGGUAUAAUUUACCGUAGAGUAUACUGUAAAAACCAUGAUGGAGUGAUCGCACAUGGAUGUACGUCUAACACUAAACCAUCUGAGGAAAAACAUUGUUUAGCGUCUGAAUUGUGUGUGAAAGAGCAAGAGGCUGGUGUAAUACGAAUAUCUGGUCCAACUGUCAUCAAACAGAGCCAAAGUAUUCAAGAACUGUCUCAGGCAUCUUCAGAACCAAGCUAUGUUGUUGGUGAAUGGAGUCUAUGCAGCAAGACUUGUGGUCCUGGAAUUCAAGUUCGUCCAGUGUCUUGUCAGGUGUACUUGACAUACAGCGAAUCAACAGUUGUCUUAGAUGAUGACCAAUGUUUGACCAUCAAACCAGAAGAGAAUCAAGAAUGCAACAUCGGUAGUUGUAUGAAUUACGGCGAGAGUGAAUACCCAACUGUAGAUAUUGAAACAGAGAUAUAUAAAGACAUAUCUACAUCAAACUCAGUUGAGAAUUCAGUAUCUGUGUAUGUUUGGCAGUAUAAUGGAUAUACUGACUGUAGUAGAUCAUGUUUGGGAGGCAUCCAAGAUACCAUAAUCGAGUGUUACGAUAUGGUCAAAGAUGAAGUGGUCUCAGAUACUUUCUGUAAUUUUGAUGAACAACUACCCACAGUGCAACAUCCUUGUAACAACAUUCCGUGCCCACCUGAGAUCCGUGCAUCUAUAUGUAUGAAGCCAACAACCACUGGUAGUAUGGAGGAAACUGAUUCCAUUGAGUGUAAUAAGCUAGAACAACCACCUAUAAUAUUACCAUGUACUGGACCACCGUGUUAUGAACCUCCGAAAUGGAAAAAAAGUCCUACUAUACUAGGUGAAUACAGCAAAUUUGUUCAAAAACACAUGGUCAACAAACUUUACUUUACAAUUGGUGGUGAAGCAAGUGUCUUCCAGGAAGUUACAGUCAUAAUAAAAUGCCCUGUGAAAUUUUGGAGGAGGGCUUUGAUAAGAUGGCAGAGGAAUUUUGAAAAUAUCGACAAGAGAAACAGAAAGAUGACGAUUUUAAAAGAUGGCCGAUUACGAAUCAGUCAUGUGGAACUCAGCGAUGCUGCUGUGUAUUCGUGUGUUGCUAGAGACGUCUCACAGAAUUUCACACUUACAGUACAAGAUGUUCCCGUUCUAGAAACAGUAUCAAAUUCCUCGGUUGUGAGGUGGGGAGUUGGUCGAUGGAGUGCCUGUUCAGAAAGCUGCGGAGGUGGAUAUCAAAUACGUAGAAUAUAUUGUGAAGGACUUUUCCAAGAUAUUAAUUCAUGGAGUGAAAUCCGAGCUGUUUUGUGUGAGUCACAACCAGUACCAAUCGACCAACAAGAAUGUAAUACCCAAGAAUGCCCACAUUGGGAGACUGGGGAGUGGUCUGAUUGUAAUACAAGGUGUAUAAGUGAGAACACUGCCACCCACAGGAGGACAGUCAAGUGUUUGGACCACAAUGGAAAACAAAUUGCUAAUAAAAAAUGCAAUACUAAACUCAAACCCAAACAUAAAGAACAUUGUCAAACGACAAAUUGUAAAGCAAUAUGGCAUCCUUCAGCAUGGACCCAGUGUUCCUCAUCAUGUGGUACUACUGGUACAAAGACGCGAAUGAUAGGAUGCGUGUAUCGGAAUAGAAAACAGCCAGCUGAUGUACAAUAUUGUAAUCAAAAAAGAAAACCAGAACUUGUGACAGCUUGCAAUAGAAAACCAUGUGCACAGGGUUUCAAAGCUGUGGGUUUUGAAUGA